CAAAGCAAAUUCAAUCACCCUAAACCCUAAGCCAUAGGUUGUUUUUAUAAGCGUCCCUCUUCCGUAAAAUUGACGCCUUUCCUCUGUUGUUUUAGCCCUCUCCAAAUCUCUCGCCCUCUUGUUCAUCACAAAAUCCCAACCUUCCCUUUUUGUUCAUCACAAAAUCCAUCCACUUAACCAGACUUGCUCUUCGUCCCCCACUUUUCCUUUAUAAAAAAUUAAAAAUCGCACUAUAAGAAGCUCUCUCCCUCUCUCCAUACGUAAAUAUCUUUGUAUAUCUCUACCUAUUCCAUCGAUAUUUUCAAUCCGUCUCCUCAAAUUCUCCCUCCUUCAUAUUUAUCAAUCCAUCUCUGCAGAUUCUUUCUCCUUUCAGUGUGUAAGAAUCCUGUUAUUGGGACAUAUAGCCUAGGGUUUUGUAGAGAGAGAGAAUGGCGAGCAAGAGAAUCCAGAAGGAGCUGCAGGACUUGCAGAGGGACCCUCCAACAUCAUGCAGCGCAGGGCCUGUUGGUGAGGACCUCUUCCACUGGCAGGCCACCAUCAUGGGCCCUGCUGAAAGCCCCUUUGCUGGUGGAGUCUUCUUUGUCAUGAUCCACUUCCCUCCUGAUUACCCCUUCAAACCCCCUAAGCUCAAUUUCCAAACCAAGGUUUAUCACCCCAAUAUAAACUCAAAUGGGAGCAUCUGUCUGGACAUACUGAAGGAGCAAUGGAGCCCUGCUUUGACCAUCUCCAAGGUCCUCCUCUCCAUAUGUUCUCUUCUCACUGAUCCCAACCCCGACGACCCUCUUGUCCCUGAGAUAGCUCAUAUCUACAAGAACCAGAGGUCUCGUUAUGAGGAAACUGCAAGGGCCUGGACUCAAAAAUAUGCUAUGAACUAAUCUCUUGUCAAAAGAAAGAGAAGGCAAAGAGAACUUGCGGAGAAGUCUGUCUUGGUAGUCCUGAAAUGAGGCAGAUCUUAAUAUAUGUUUGUAAAAAAAGUAGGCACCAUCUAGCAUAAUGCAUGAGGUGUGCAGGUGUGCUGUGUAAUUUAUAUGUAACUCUGGUGUUGCUUAUGUUGGGGUCACUUUUGCUGCUGUUUCUCUAAUUUCUUUUCGAGACUUCUAUACAUCAGUCUUUAUUAGUAUUUAUUUCCCUCUACUUUCUAA